AUGCGCGUGUUCCACAUCGUCCUUAUCGCCAUCGCAACUGUCCAGCUUAACGCUAUUCAGGGUAUCGCAGGCAAGGUCUCGACAUUUACGUUUACGGAACGCUCCCGCUUGCUAACUGCAGAGCAGAGCGACAACACUGACAAGCGAUUUCUGAGGAAGCGUCAACCGGAGAAUGAAGAGAACUCAGUGGACGAGGAAGCGGAAGAAAGGGCACAGUGGAUUGACGCUUUGAAGAAACUGAGGAGUGACGCUACAAAAAGAGCGAAGCUAGAAGUGUGGUUUCAAAAAGGAAAGAAUCCUACAUUUGUUCGCCAGCAGUUCAAAAUCCCCGAGGCGGGCGAGGCGAUGACAUCCCACAAGAACUACAAAUACCUCCAGAUUUUCAUCAAGAAGUACAAUGGCUGGAAAUACCACCGCUUCAGUGGUCAGAGAGACUAG